CGGCCAGAGGGGCGGCCCGUGAGGGCGGCAGCCGGGGCUGGUUCCCGCCCGCCGGGGCUCCCUGCGCAUGCGCGUUCCCGCCCCACGGGGCGGUGAAGACGGCCGCGAGACGCGGGGGCCACACAGCCAGUGGUUGCUGUUCCUGCUGGAUUCCGUCAUGAUAACUCCAGCUUUUGAGCUGACCCAGGAUCUGGAUUUUCUUACAAUAAUAAUCAAAGUACCUUAUGCCAGAGCUUCAGAGUUUGAUGUGUAUUUUGAAGGGGAAGAUUUUAAAUUUUAUGCUAAGCCAUACUUUCUCAGAUUGACACUUCCUGGAAGAAUUGUAGAAGAUGGCAGAGAAAAAGCAUGUUAUGAUACAGACAAAGGAACUUUUACAAUUCAGUUACCUAAGGAGAUUCCUGGCCAAUAUUUUGAGGGACUGGACAUGCUGACAUCUCUUUUAGCACCAAAGAAAUCAAGAUCAGCAAAACCUUUAGUAGAAGAGAUAGCUUCCUCUGCUGAGUUGUCUGAGGAGGAGGAAGAAGAGUUCGACUGGGAAAUAGAGCAGAUUCCUUACAAAGAAAGUGCAGAAAACACUCUACCACUGCAGUACCGUUAUGGGUUUGGGAAUUUGCGCUCAGGGGUGUUCCAGCGGCUGCAGGAUGAACUCAGUGAUGUUAUUGACAUCAAGGAUCCAGACCAAACUCCUGUAGGUGAACGUAGGAGGAAACGCUUGGCAGCUGAGGCUGCUAAGUUUGACCCUGAUCAUUACCUAGCUGAUUUUUUUGAAGAUGAAGCUAUUCUGCAGAUUUUGAAGUACAAACCAUGGUGGGUUGAUGCUCAUAAAAAAAUGAUAGACUUGAAGGGAGAAUGUCAUCAAGAACAUGACACUCGUACAUUUGUUGUCUUCUCUGAAGAAGAGAGAGAGCAGCUGAGAAAGUUCACAAAUAAAUCUUAUCUUCUGGAUAAAAGAAGCCGUCAUCAUAUAUAUCUUGGUUUAAUUGAUAUCCUUCUGGCGUAUUGCUAUGAAAUUUGUGUCAAUGAAGGAGACAAGAAUGUUGAAUCAUCUUGGAACGUUAGGAAACUGAGUGCAACGUUGUGCUGGCUGGAGAGUUUCACCAGCAUUCAUGACGUCCUGGUAUCUUUUGGAAGAAGAGUGCUCUGCUAUCCCCUGCACAGACACUUCGGAUUAGUGGCACGUGCCUUCAAUGAUACAGUCAUGAUACUGCAACUAGGAAAAGCUGCAGUUUUGAAGUGUCUGCUGGAUAUUCACCAGAUUUUUAGGGAGAAUGACCCUGCCUACAUCCUUAAUGAUCUCUUCAUUACAGACUAUUGCAUCUGGAUUCAAAAAACCAAGUCAAAAAAGUUGGCUGCACUUGCUGAAUCCUUGCAGAAAACCACCCUUACUAAGUCCCACAUAGGAUUUGAACUAGAAGAGCUGGAAGCAGCAGCGGUGCUGGUGCAAGAGGAAGAGCGUGUGUUAGAAGCUGCUGGCACAGUUUCCAAGCAACAGCUGCCGUCCUCUGAGUCGGAGACAAGUGACUCUGAAGAAUCAAGCUGUACUUCAUCAUCUGAGACAGAAGGCUCUGAUUCAGACGAGCCAGAGUCCUCAGCUACUGAGGAUGGGAAAAUAAAUUCUCUACAAGGCACGCGUCUAGAGGAGAGGACAGCUCCACUUAUUGACCGUAAUGGAUUAAGGCAGGGCACAAACACUUCGACGUUUGAGGUUAGUGAUGAAAAACCAAACGUUUCUUUGCAAUCUACAUCUGUUCCUGGAAAACUGAUAGAAGAAUUAGAAAAACAAAUGCACACUGCAAUUAGACUUUCAGAACAGCCUGAAGGAUUGGCUACUGCAAGCUGCGUUUUACAGGAACAAGAAGAAAACGGUGUAUCUGAACUGGACAGAUUUUCAAAGGAUACUACUGGGAAAGGAAAUUUCUUGGAGGUGUCUUCAAAGACAAACCCAUUGCUUUUUCUUGGCAGCACAAAUGAAGAUGGAGACUAAAGGACUGUGGUAGAACAUGGUGUGACCCACUAGCAACACAGCUCGUGGCUAUGAGGUGUCCAAGGCUGUCCUGAGCUACAGAAAUAAGUUGAUAUUUUUCUUCUUUGUUGUGUUGACAGUUUGGAGGACAAAACUGCUUUGAAAAGGAUUUAUAUGACUGUAUGAUAGUUAGAUUUUUAUUUUUCUUCUCUGAUUCAAAGUCUCAGAAUUAAUGGGGGAAUGUGUAAUUUCAGUAAACUUCUAGAAACAGUUUUCAUUAAGCUUAUUUGGUAGUAGAAUGAUGUCCUGAACAAAUACAACUGAAAUGAGCUGUAGCAUCCUUUUAGUUAUCUUCAUCUGUUGGGCUUUACUUGAAAGAUAUCCUUAUUAUGUUUGCAUAAACUUGUUUAUGACAUUUUGCUGCAUUUUUUAAUUUUAAAAGGCUUUAUAGCUAACCACUUCAAAAUAAUGGUUAUAACUUUAAAAGUCUAAAUAGUGCUGACAAGUUAUUUUAAAAUAUAUCAAUGUUUUAUAUUUUUGUACAAAAUAAAAGAAAUUUCUUUAUCAUCAGUGCAAGGCAGAAGGGUUAUAGCUUAUAUUUCUGCAAGAUAGAAGGCUUAUAGCAUGUAUUUCUGCAGUUCUUACCUGUUUCAGUGUGUUUUUCGUGUAUUCUUUUGUGGUGUUUUUGAAAUGUUUCCACAUGUGGAUACUACUGUUGAUCUUUAAAGAACAGAAAUCCUAAUUAUUUCGUAUUUCUUUCUGUAUAUCCUCUUAAUGUCACCACAGUCAUGUGCUGUGAUUACUUUUCAACCUUUUUUCUAUUAAAAAGUGUAUAAAAA